CCUGUGCGCUACCUGCACCAGCACUUUCUGGGCGGUGUUAUACAAUACAGUGACUUCUCCGCGCGUGUGAUCUUACCGCGACCAGCAUCACGCACCGGCCCAUCCCCUUCACCACUAGCUACCGUCACAGUUUCCGAUCUGCUGUAAACUCGUACAUCAGUUUUCUCCGCAUAUCGUGCCUUUUUUCCCGGUGGGUUCUAUAGCCCCCACGUGUCAGCAAUUUGCCCGGUAAUUUAGCGAUGCCCAAUUUCCGCCCGGCACAAUAUCACCGAUCCGCAGUGCUUUCAACAACGGAGGCGCUUACGAUUGCGUCACCGUUCGGGUGUAUCCGUGAACCGUAUAAAACUGACCCGUACCAGUGCAUCCACUCACAAGUCGAUUGAGUAUACCAAAGAAACCAUCCCACCAUCCCUUAGUAUAGUCGUAGCCAGAAGUAGACGAGGCGCUAGGACUAGAAGUCUUUUGUUUUAGCAGCACGGCAGAUGCGUCCUUCCCUUUUAGUUUCUCGGGUAGAUUUUUUUGUGCGUUGGACAGCGGUACUUCGUAACAUCACGUGGAGCACAUUCAGACGGGACACCAUCAUCCACCAUGUGCCUUAAGUUCCUAGCGGGAGCUGUGGUUCUCGUUGUGGUCGCUCGUAGUUCUGUACGUGCUCAAGACCCAAAUCCCUGUGCCCACUAUAAUUCGGACAACGAUCGUCUUUUCAGGAUGAUAUACGAUGAGACGAUAAAGCUGCGUCAAAACAUCAGCCAACUUGCGGAUGAACUACAGAUUAUUGACCAUGAGGGUCUGGAGACUGGCAGAAUAACACAGCUUAGGAAUAUCCCAUAUCCUACAGAGCUGCCAGAAUGCCAUAGCCAGGAAGAAUUUGGGGAGCUGAUGGAAAGUGUGCAAGCGCGGCUUGCGGACAGCAUACAGGCCUUAAAAGCUCUGAAGGUGGACAUGCACACGGAACUUGAACUCGAAAGAGAGUUUUACAACUUUGAGAGUGAAGCGAACCAACUGAGGGACGCUAUUCACUGUUACCUGUAUCGAACGUCUGUGUGGGACCUGCCUGCAUACACGUCGUAUCGGAUGAUCGAUAGCCAGUUCGAUCUACCAUCCUACCACACCGUGGAGGAAAUGCACUUUCGCAAUAAGCAUUUCGCGAACGAAUUACACAAGUAUCUGCGCAAGACCCACGAGUCGGCGUUGAGCUGCUACGGGCAUCGCAGCAAGCGGGAACGUGCGACUUGGAUCGAGAGAGAGCUCGAGAAGAGAGCCCGCGAAAUCCUGCAGAGCCAAUUGGAGCCGGAUGCUGUGGAGUUGGUGUCCAAACGAGGCUGGGCACCCACUUGGGAAGAUGACCUGGCGUUAGGCGGCGAAGCGUACCUGCCAGAAACCAAGCGAGACUGGGCACCAAAUUGGGAAGAUGACCUGGCGUUAGGCGGCGAAGCGUACCUGCCAGAAACCAAGCGAGACUGGGCACCGAAUUGGGAAGAUGACCUGGCGUUAGGCGGCGAAGCGUACCUGCCAGAAACCAAACGAGACUGGGCACCGAAUUGGGAAGAUGACCUGGCGUUAGGCGGCGAAGCGUACCUGCCAGAAACCAAGCGAGAGUGGGCACCAAAUAGGGAAGAUGACCUGGCGUUAGGCGGCGAAGCGUACCUGCCAGAAACCAAACGAGACUGGGCACCGAAUUGGGAAGAUGACCUGGUGUUAGGCGGAGAAGCGUACCUGCCAGAAACCAAACGAGACUGGGCACCGAAUUGGGAAGAUGACCUGGCGUUAGGCGGCGAAGCGUACCUGCCAGAAACCAAGCGAGACUGGGCACCCACUUGGGAAGAUGACCUGGCGUUAGGCGGAGAAGCGUACCUACCAAAAACCAAGCGAGACUGGGCCACUUCGUAUAGGUUCGAGGAUAACGUGGCUGACCAGGACCAGGAACGGCUCGAUCAAGCGCUUACCCCACAAGACACACCACAAGAGGUGCGAUAUUCGCAAGAGGAUCUCGAAAUGGCAUGGCACCUUCUUUUCGGCCCGGUGGAGGAACCCAAGAAACGAUCUGCGCAUGCAUCAUCGUGGUUGGCCAAUCUAUAAAAACUUGCCGCCGUCAUGAAUGGAAAGUAGGCGGUGUUUUCCUUUCACAGCAAUUGUUUUUUUUCUUUUCCCGCAAACACCGAGGCUGAUGUGUCAUCGAUAAUGAAUAAUUCAUCAGACGUUUCCGUUAGUGUUUCUCGUUUAUAAACUGAAACAUUCCAAAUUAUAUACGCUCGAUAACCGACGACUGUUUUGUUAAAGUUACAGGAACACCGAUUUUGACAUGCAUGACAAAAAGGUCAAACGGACAUGAGCAUGAUUUUAUUAUUAAUGAAAAUGCAAGGCAUUUGACUCUGAAGAAUAUGAUCCAUUGUGGAACUGGCAAGUGCUACGACAGGCGCGAUCCAUACGUUGCUUUCAACAAGAAAAAAACCCAGAAAAAUGAAAAACACGAUUAAGAAGGGAUAACUAUCAGUGCACAAAACACGACCCGGUCAUUAGAAAUGGUCAACGAAAUUAAGGAGAAAUUUACAUACCAGAAAUAUUUGCAUCUAAACUAGAAACAAACUUUAAGGGAAAAGAUGUACAUGUAUGUUGGUUUCUUACACGAUUGGUUUCUUACAAAAUGACAUGAAUAUAAUACGAUUGGUUUCUUACAAAAUGAUAUGAAUAUAAUAAUGAAAGGGGGUUCACAAAGGUUGGAUUGGCGAAAGCGAUCUUUUAAGCCCCUCCCCAAGAAGUGUAGAAUCGCGCCUGUCGCUGGUGAGUGAAUUUUCUGUGCAUUUAGAAUUCAUUGCAAAGAAAACAACAAAGUACUAAAAUGUAAAUACAAUUAUAAUCUAUGACAAUUUGAAAUGGCUUCGUACUUAAAUUGCGAUUUUGUUUUCCCUCUUUUUUUUUUUUUUUACUGAGUAUACCUUGAACAAUCUGGAUCCACCGUGACAUUUUAAAAGUAAUUUUCUUCUUAACCUGUAUCAAACAAGUCACUGUAAACUAUAAUUAUGGCUA